GUUCCUCUGCUCUUCACUGACACUGUGAAGUUCCUUCUCUUCUCUGCAAACUGGCGAAGAAUUAUGAAUAAUAAAUAAAGAAAAAAUAAACAAAGAUGGAGAAAAACGGAGGUGACGCAGCUGAAAUUCUUCGCGAAAUAGAAACCUUAAAGGCCAAGAAGGCCGACAUCGAGAAUCGGAUUUCAUCUCUCGAAGCUCAGCUCCGCGAAACGACAACGUCAGAGCGAAAGGACGCCGCUCCAAAUGGUUAUUCUUGCCCUUCAAUCUUCAAUCUUGCUUCUGUGCUCGGCCACGGAUUGUCGGCCGAUCAAAUUUACCGUUACAGUCGCCACCUCCUGCUUCCUUCCUUUGGAGUUCAAGGGCAGUCAAAUCUCCUGAAGUCUUCGAUUCUAGUUGUUGGAGCUGGAGGAUUAGGCUCCCCUGCUUUGUUGUAUCUUGCUGCUUGUGGGGUUGGUAAGCUUGGGAUUGUUGAUCAUGAUGUAGUUGAGCUUAAUAACAUGCACAGGCAGGUUAUCCACACUGAAGAAUAUAUUGGCCACCCAAAAGUGAAAUCUGCUGCUGCUGCUUGUCGCUCGAUUAACUCCACUAUUCAAAUUGUUGAAUACAAAGAAGCUUUGCGUACAAGCAAUGCUUUGGAAAUCUUGAGCAAAUAUGACAUAGUGGUAGAUGCAACUGAUAAUGCUCCAAGUCGCUAUAUGAUCAGUGAUUGCUGUGUACUGUUGCGCAAGCCUCUAGUAUCUGGCGCCGCUUUGGGAAUGGAAGGUCAGCUGACUGUUUACAAUUACAAUGGAGGUCCAUGCUACCGAUGUCUCUUUCCAACUCCCCCACCGACGACAGCAUGUCAAAGAUGCUCAGAUAGUGGCGUUCUAGGAGUAGUUCCUGGAAUCAUUGGCUGUCUCCAAGCACUAGAGGCCAUCAAAAUUGCUAGUGCUAUUGGUGAACCACUCACGGGACGGAUGCUUAUUUUUGAUGCACUCUCUGCACGAAUUCGAGUUGUCAAGAUUAGAAGCAGGUCAUUACAAUGCGAGGUUUGUGGAGAAAACUCAAAAUUCAAACGGGAGCAAUUUAAAGAAUUUGAUUAUGAGAGAUUCACUGAGUCUCCACUUUCAGUGUCUCCCUUGAAGCUAAACCUUCUACAGCCAGAUUGCAGAAUAAGCAGCAAGGAUUACAAGCAGAGAGUUCUCGAUGGAGAGCCACACAUACUGCUGGAUGUACGCCCAUCACAUCACUUCAAGAUAGUUUCUCUUCCAAAUUCGUUAAACAUUCCUCUUGCAGCUUUGGAAUCAAGGUUACCGGAAGUUUCUUUGGCAUUGAAAGAAGAGGAAAACCGGCAAGAUAGGGAUUCUGGCUCAAGGGCUAGCCUGUAUGUGGUAUGCAGACGUGGUAAUGAUUCACAGAGAGCCGUUAAGUACCUCCACAGUGUGGGUUUCACUUCAGCUAGGGAUGUUGUUGGAGGUAUUGAGUCUUGGGCGCAUGAGGUUGAUCCCAACUUCCCUACUUACUAGAAAUUUUCUUGUUGCUUGGAGCGUAUUAUUAUUGUCUCUAUACUUACACCAUUAAGCCAAGAGAUAAAUGGGCUUUAAAAUAGUGACUAUGCUUAUAUUAGCACGCUA